AUGGCGAGCGGCUCUAAAAAUGUAAUCACCCGGAAGAUCGCUUUAAUGGGAUAUCCUUGUGUUGGAAAAUCAUCCAUUACUUUACGCUUUGUCCAAGGCCAUUUCCCGGAUGCUUAUGACACCACUAUAGAAGAUCUUCACAACAAACCAUAUCGUUGGCUUGGCCGAGAUUAUAACCUUAAAAUCACAGACACUGCUGGACAACAAGAGUACUCAAUAUUUCCUCGGAGUUGUUCCGUUGAUAUUGAUGGCUUUAUCCUAGUGUACGCUAUAGAUGACAAAAAAUCGUUCGAAAUCAUACAAGUUAUUCACGAUAAAAUCAUGGAGACUAUAGGAGACAACAAGGUGCCAAUCGUUGUAGUUGGUAAUAAAUUGGAUUUGCAACAUGCAUCGCGCAUGGUCACUAAAGAAGACGGUUCAAGAUUAGCUCAAAAAUGGAGAGCUGCUUUUAUUGAGACAUCAGCGAAGGAUAAUACUGUGAGGCUGUGCAACAAAUUUUUGACAAAAUGCUUCACCAGAUCGAACUUGCACGAGGGAAUAUCAGUGAACAAUCAGGCACAAAAUGCAGUAUUUCGUGAAAUCAAAUUGGAGGCCUCGGUUUAUCUUCUUGACUAG